UGGGUGAGUGAGUGAGUGGGUGAAUGGUUGGGUGAGUAACACGGGCCAGAGAAGAGAUACAUAGAGCCCUAUAGAUAUACAGAGUCCCACAGAUAUACAUAGAGACCCAUAGAGACCCACAUGGAUAGUAACAACAGCGUGCAGUGUGUCAGUGCUUCGGCUUGGCUCGCAUCCAUCGUUCCGUGUUGAGUCGUGGAUGUUGGUGCAUCCACCCUCGUUUCCGAACACCCCUCCCCCCACCACCACCCCCCACGUUUCCCCCCUCCCCCUCCAGGGCGCGCUCCGUCUCCCGCGGGGAGGGCCCCGCUCAGAGCGGGGGGAGGCCACCGGCUGCUCCACGGCCCCCCCCCACCACCGUGGAGCCAGGAGGCCGUGGGUUCGAUCCCGAUUUUUCUCGAUCGCGCGAGGCUCCUCCGGCCUCACGGAGCGACGGAGGGGGCAGGAGGAGAUCUUCCCGGCCGUGAGAUGUCGCGUCGUAGAGGGGCCGACGAGCCCCGGGGACACCCUGCUGCUGCCGCUACUGGCCGGGCGGGGCCCUCGCCACCGGAGCCGUGCGCUGAGCAAACGGACGAAGCGGGGUCUGGGCACGAGGGCUGGCGGCCGGUGAAAACGGAGAGGGAGGAAGACUCCCCCGGCGACAACGCCGCUCGCAGAGCCGAGGUUCCGAUCAAGGAGGAGGAGGAGGAGAAUGUCGCGAGCGACGGGGGAGUCCCAGAGAGUCCGGCUACCGACGAUGACGGUGGCCGUGCUGGGAGGCGCGGAGAGGCACUGCGGCUAGCGUGGGGAGACCGGGCUGCUGCCAUUGCUGCUGCUGCUGCUGCUGCGGCUCCGACGGACACGGCGGAGAUCGAGGUGGUGGUGGAGGACGACGGCGACGGUUACCCCGCGGGCCUGGCGUUCUCGGCGGCGGCGGCGGCGGCCGCGGCGAAGAGGAAGCGCGUCGUGCUGACCAUCGAGCAGAAGUUCGAGAUCCUCUCGCGCAUCGAAACGGGCCACACGAGGGAGAGGAUCGCGGCCGACUUCGGCAUCGGCAAGAGCACCGUCACGUCCAUCAAGAAGGCGGAGGCGAGCCUCAAGUCGUUCGUCGAGUCCACCGAGUCCUUCACCUCCUGCAGGCAGCGGAAGAUCAUGCGCGGCGCCCAGGACCACCAGCUGGACAGCGCCGUCUUCACGUGGCUCGUGCAGCGGCGGAGCGAGGGCCUGCCCGUGUCCGGCCCCAUCGUGAGCGACAAGGCCAAGCAGCUCAACGCCAUCCUGGGCGGCGACCCCGACUUCAAGGCGUCGACCGGCUGGCUGAAGCGCUUCCAGCAGCGGCACGGCAUACGGCAGCUCUGCUGCGUGCGGGGCGGCCGGCUCCCCGCCGCGGCCGCCGCCGCCGCCGCCGCCGCGGCCGCUGCCGAGGCGGCCGAGGCGGAGGAGGAGGAGGAGUGGACGCGUUGCGACGGCAGAGGCGAGUCCGGCUACCGCAUCCUUGCGGACGAGGACAUCGACGCGCUGGUGACGGAGACCGAAGCGUCGGGGCGUGUGGCAAUGGACGAGGAGGAUGAUGAGGAGGAGGAGGAGGAGGGGGGCGUGGAGGGGGACUUCAAUGGCGAGGAGGAGGAGGAGGAGGUGGCGGAGGGCCCCGGCUGCGGCGUCUCGCACGCCGAAGCCGGCGAGUGCCUCCGGAGGGCGCUGCGCUGGCUGGAGCGGCAGCCCGAGGCUCGACCUCAGCAGCUGGCGCUGCUGCGGUCGCUGGUCGGCAUGGCCGCCGAGAAGGAGAGAUCGCCAUGCGGGCGGGCGAACGGAGAAGCGUUGACCAAAUAGAGAAAGGGACCCUUCGAUCCGUGGUUCGAUCCCCCCUCAACCUACCCUCGCCUCCCUCCGCCCCCCUCCGCCUCCCACGCCCCCCGACGAGGCUCGUCACGUUCAACCGAGGCGUUAUUAUUUAUUCGCGUGCCGACGAUCGUUGUAUUUAUCGAGGUUCCGACCAAUAAAGCUCCACCCCCCCUACCCCCCCCCUCCCGCCGCCCGUGCCCGGCGGCUUACAAGAACCGUUCCCUUGCCACGGAAUUCGGCGGCGUCAGACCCCAACAUCGAACCGAUGUCUCAUUUUCACAUCCACCACCACCACCAACUACUACUACUACGACUACUAGACACACACCGAGAGCGGCUUCGGCCGGGGGCGCUUCUUGCACCCGGAGCCUGCGAAGGACGACGUCAGCAACGGGGUGAUGUGGGUCGUCGCCGUGCGGAGACCCCGUGGGGUCACACCCCCUCCCCCCACGUGGACCCCGUGGGGUUCCCCCCCCCCCUCCCACGUGGACCCCGUGGGUUUCCCACCGCGUGCACUGUACACGGAUAGCCACGCGCACUGUACACGGAUAAGCGUGUGUGCUGUACACGGAAACUGCGCAAACUGUACACGGAAACCCACGUGCACCGUACAUGGAUAACCACGUGUACCGUACACGGAUGACCACGUGUACUGUACACGGACAGCCACGUGCACUGUACACAUAACUGCGUGUACCAUACACGGAUAACCACGUGCACUGUACACGGAUAACCACGUGUACUGUACACGGACAGCCGCGUGCACUGUACACAGAUAACCGCGUGUACCAUACACGAAUAACCACGUGCACUGUACACGGAUAACCACGUGCACCGUACACAGAUAACCACGUGCAGAGCACUGCCAUUUCUAUACGGAGGAAAUCCGAUGGCACUUCUUAACCCCCCAUUUAAAAGAUUGACACUGCAGCAACAUCCCUCCCUCUGGAUGCGACGAGUUGCAUUUGCCUAUUUCAUUUUCCAUUCUAGAUUUUUGAAGUUUUCGUGACUGCAAUGGUCCACACUCGUUUGCUUCUUUCGGUGAAGUCGCCGUACGUAGAGGAAAUAAAAGAUAAAAACAAUUAAAUAAA